AUGGAAGAAGGGAGUCAAUCAACAGGAUACUGGUGUUAUGAAUGCUCUAGGGCAGUCGAAACGAUCAUGGAGGUUGAAACGGUUAAGUGUUCGUUAUGUCACGGCGGAUUCGUGGAGGAAUUGGAUAUAUCAAGGAGUGAUAACCACCACAACAACCACCACCACCAUCAAGCCGACGAUGCUGAAUCUGACCAUGCUCUCUCGUUGUGGGCCCCUAUUUUGCUCGGAAUGAUGAGUAACCCUCGUAGAACCAAUCGCGCUCGAAGAUUUAGACAAAUUGAGUCCGAAAAUACCAAUGGUUCUGAAUUAAACAGGGAAUUGCAAUCGGUUAUGAGAAGAAGACGACGGAGCAACACCACCAUCCUCCAACUUCUUCAAGGGGCCCGCGCUGGACUCAUAAGAGAAUCCGAUAAUAACAAUGAUAGUGAUAACGAUAAUAAUAAUAAUAAUGAGAGGGAAAGGGAGCAUGAACGUGUUAUUGUCAUUAAUCCUUUUAAUCAAAGGCUUAUCGUUCAGGGCGCUGGUGGGGGCCGCAAUCCAUUUAGUUCGGGUGGCCAACCACAGAACCAACCGAUAGGGUCUAUUGGCGAUUAUUUUGUUGGGCCGGACAUGGAGUUACUCUUGCAACAUUUAGCAGAGAACAAUCCGGCCCGAUACGGGACACCACCGGCCCAAAAGAAGGCGGUGGAGACCAUGCCGACGGUGAAAAUCAAAGUGGAUUUGAACAAUUCGGUUCGGUGUUCGGUUUGUUUGGAAGAUUUUGAGGGUGGGAAUGAAGCUAAAGAGAUGCCAUGUAAACAUAGGUUUCAUGGUGAAUGUAUUAUCACAUGGUUAGACCUUCAUAGUACAUGUCCUGUUUGUAGGUACCAAUUGCCUUUUGAUGAAACAAAACUUAAUCGCGAACGCGCACGCGAACGAGAACAAGAAUCUUCUCGUGGUACCGCGGUCAACAGGCUCACCGGGCCCGAGAGUGAAAAUGGUGAAUUGGGCCAAGAUGGGGACAUGGUGGGCCGGAACGAAAGGCGGAUUUCGGUCACAUUUCCUUGGCCAUUUAACAGCUUGUUCAUAAACCCGUCGGUUUCACCCGCUUCGGGGUCUGGGUCCGGGCCAACGGGUCAAGAAGGUGGUGGUGGGAGGGAAGAUGAUCAGUGAACUCCUGUUGUAAGUUUUCUCCAUGUGUUUAUACGCCGUUACGAUAACAUGUAUAUAGAUCGGUUAACCACGAUAUCGAUGCUUGUGUGUACCUAAUUACGAAGGAUUGCAUAUAUCCAAUAUACUUGUAGA